GCACCAUUAACUUGCCUCCGGGCCUUACUUGAUAACUCGCCAAUAUCACACACAAUGAGUUUUCCGUGGUUCAGAAUGACAUUGCUAGGAGGCGGUCUGAUGGGCCUGGGUUACCUUUUGAUGAGCGCGACCGUACCUACACCUGAACAGACAUAUGCCGCGAUGUCACCUGAUCUGCGGCGAAAGGUCGAUGCAAACCGCGCAGCCAGACUCCUUCAAGAGCAGACCAUAAAGCGUCAGAUAGAUGCUCAGAACGAUCCAGAUGCAGGAAAACCCAUUUGGGCCGACCAACAAAAUCGUCGAUAGUGAUCGGUAUCUCUGUUUAGCGCUCUCUUUUUCUUACUGGACAGUAUGUGUUUACUGCGUAAUUUGUAAUGUCGGUGCCGCUCGACAGGUUCCCCCGCCGUGAGACGGUAGCACACAUGCAGAUCAGAAUUGUGACCAGUCAAUGUGUAAUUGCACCCGUUCAUGAACGCAAUAGUGAGAAACAUCUCACCAUUGUCACUCCUCCGCGGAUACACAGAUGAAGCGAGAUAUACGCCAUCACCGAGUUUGGGCCACAUGACACUCAUCUUCCACGAAGUUUGAUC